AGCCUUGGUACCUACCAACCCCGACACUACAUCGUGGAAGAGCGGACAGUUGAAUGCAAGAAACGAAGAAGUUGGACGCUAGGGCCUGACGGCUGCGCGCCCUAACCCACAAAGAAGAAGAAGAAGAAGGAUAUGGGAUAUGUUAUUUUGGUGAUUUUUUGGAUAUUUUAAUGGUAAAUGGGCAACCGCAAUGCAUUUUAAGUAUUUUGUAACAACACCUAUUUUCUACGUAAAUGCUGCACCUCACCUGGGCCACCUGUACUCGGCCGUGCUGGCGGACGCGGCCGGCCGGUACGCCGCUCUCCGUCACGGUCGUCCCGUGCUGCUCAGCACCGGCACAGACGAGCACGGCCUGAAGGUGCGCCAGGCGGCGGCGGCGGCCGGCAGCAGCCCGGCGCGGCUCAGCGCGGCCGUCUCGGCGCAGUACCGGACCGUGUUCGACACGGCCUGCGUGCAGUACACACGCUUCAUCCGCACCACGGAGCCGGAGCACCGGCGCGCCGUGCAGCACUUCUGGAACUUGUUGGAUUCGCGAGGAUAUAUUCAGAAAGGCAGUUACGCCGGCUGGUACAGCAUCCCCGACGAGUCUUUUCUGACGCCAACACAGGUGACGGAGGAGGUGCGGGGCGGUCAGAAGGUCACGGUGUCACUCGAGUCCGGUCACCAGGUCACCUGGGCCGAGGAGGACAACUACCUCUUCCCCAUGUCCCGGCUCCGGGAUGAUCUCAGAUAUUGGGUGAGAAACCACGUGACGGUGCGACCGGCGAAGUUCGGCCGACUGCUGGAGAGCUGGCUGGACGCGGAGCUGCCCGACCUGUCCGUAUCACGACCCGUCAGCCGUCUCGACUGGGGAGUGCCCGUCCCAGGCGACGACCAGCAGGUGGUGUACGUGUGGCUGGACGCCCUCGUCAACUACCUGACCGUCAGCGGCUACCCGGACCAACAAGAACGGUGGCCUCCCGACUGCCAGCUCUUCGGAAAGGAUAUCCUCAAGUUCCACGGCGUGUACUGGCCGGCGCUGCUGCUGGCCGCCGGACUGGAGCCGCCCAGACACCUGUUCUGCCACAGCCACUGGACUGUGGACGGCGCCAAAAUGUCCAAAUCGCUCGGUAACGUGGUGUCGGCACAGGAGGCGCUGGAGACGUACUCGGCCGACGGCGCGCGAUACUUCCUGCUGCGGGAAGGCGUGCCGCACUCCGACGGCAACUUCAGCCGUCGGAAGGCAGCCCUCCUGCUGAACGCCGAGCUGGCCGACACACUGGGUAACCUGCUGGGCCGCUGCUCGGGCGCCACCGUCAACCCUGAGCAGCGGCGCCGGCCGGCGGCGGCAGUAGGUCCCGGGGCGGAGGGACAGGACCUGCUGGAGGAGGCCGCCCGACUGCCGGCCGCCGUGGCAGCAGAGUACGACGAGCUCUGCUUCUACCGGGGGCUGGAGGAGAUCCAGGCGGUGCUGCGCAGCACCAACCAGUUUGUGCAGCAGCAGGAGCCGUGGGUGCUGCGCCGCCAGCCGGAGAGCCGCGACCAGCUGCACGCCUGUCUGGCGGUGUCCAUGGAGGUGCUGCGGGUGGCCGGCAUCCUGCUGCAGCCGGUGGUGCCCGCGCUGGCCGGCCGGCUGCUCGAUAAGCUGGGCGUCUUGCCGGACGAGCGGAGUUGGCAGCACGCCGAGCGGCUGGCAGACGAGGACCGACCCCUGGGCACCGGCUCGGCCGUCCUCUUCAAGAAGCUGCGGUAACAGCGCCGGAGCCCCGAACGUAGGCCACUUUUUAUAGUAUAUUGUGUCAAUAUAUCUGCUUAAAUAUA